CAGACUUUUUCUUGGCAGACCAGCUUACUAGCCAGUGCAUACGUCGAUUUUGUGAAGAAAAGGAUGUGAAGCACAUGCGCAAUGGUUUAAAAUACUUCUCAACAAUUGUUGCAGUUAUUAUAAGAACUGCUUAUGAACUAAAAAAGGGAAAGACAUCCUGGAUGGUGUUGGCUUUGAUAUGCUCGGCUGUUGCAACAACAAUGAAUAUGUAUUGGGACAUUGUAAUAGACUGGGGCCUUCUGCGAACAAAAUCAAAGAACAAGUAUUUGAGAGAUAGACUUCUAGUUUCACACAAGAUCAUAUACUUUGCAGCCAUGGUCUUGAAUGUAGUAUUGCGACUUGCUUGGAUGCAGUUGGUGUUGGAAUUUAAACUGACUACCGUUCAUAAAAUGACAAUAUCAACCAUCAUCGCCUUCCUAGAGGUCAUUCGUCGUGGCAUCUGGAGCUUCUUCAGAUUAGAGAACGAACACCUAAACAAUGUAGGCGAGUACCGCGCUUUCAAGUCCGUCCCUCUUCCUUUCAGUUACUACGAUGAGGACGCAGAAAAAGAUGACUGAACAUGAUACAAUCUGCCUCCCAUCAUGCACCAGAUCAGAGUGUAAUCUGCAGUGUUGAGAGCUUCCACAAUUCUGUACUGCUAGCCUUCGGUGAUGGGGAAGAAGACGGUUUAGGCAUGCCAGGUAAAUCAUUAAGAUGCAACAAACAAACAACACAAGUAUGUCCUGUGGUUGAUUUUUGGCAAUACCCAAUUAGCAUAGGCUCAUAUGGAAUUGCCUUGUUCGUUUUUUAUCCUGAACAAAACUUCUCUGGUUCGUGUUCAUAUGAAAUUGUAUAUAUGGAAGUUUACGACACGGAGGUUGGAACUAUUCUAAUUCUAGAUAAGGUC